ACUUGCGAAAGAAUUCGCAAAAUAACCGUGACAGGAAACGAAGUUACCAAUGGAGACGUCAAAUAUAUCUAACGACCCGAGCCUCUUUACUGCAAAUAGGUAUCUAGAAACAUCAAAAACAUUACCUUUUAACUGCAUGGCUCUCUCCGGAGAUAUUUUAUGGAUCGUUUCUCGUUGGGUAAGUCAACUACGUUGUAGGAAUUGUUCACCUUGGGCGAUAUUUUGCAAAUGGAAUGAAUGCUUUGUUUCGAAAUUCGAUGUUAAUUUUAAUUUACGCUAUUUAGAACUUUUUAUCGAAGAUAAAUUUUACAAAAUAUUUCACUUAAUUAAUUUUAUAUUAACUAGACAUAAUCAUGAGGUUGAUUGCGAUUAAUGUGGGCGUUAGGCGCAGCUUAUCAAACACAAUGGUAUUUACUUUUGGUUUCAGGUAUAAAAACUACGGAUCAAAACAAUGGCUGUCGCACCUCAUGGGAGUGUCUUUGCUCAUAUCCCGCCAUUCGACACAGCCCAAAUUCAGUACGUAAUCCAACGUGCACCAGCAAUGACGAGCGGAGCUUUACCAACUGUCCCCUAUAUUCCAUUACUGCGACAUGUUACGCCUAUUAGAUCAACGUAUCUCCCGCUUUCGACUUGUUCAUCGCAAGCUCGACCGAUAACCAUCCGUCCUCCGCCUCCCGUCUUAGCUUGGACUACAGAGCGAGACGCUCGACCUGUACAACUUAUUCAACCAUAUGUCACCAGCGUCCCAUUUGUUCAGUGCCAACCUCAACAUCUACCAUAUGUUGGCCUACCUCUUGUUGUUACACGUCGGGUAGGCGAUGGUGAUCGUAAAGAUGAACGUCGUUCCCCGUGUCAUACAGCAACCAAACGAUCUCCAAAUUUAUUAAAAUUAAUGGCUUCGGAUGUUCUCCGAAUUUCCGAGUUAUCUCUGGAGUCUGAACAGUCAAAGAGAAAUAUUGCUCGCCAACGUACCAACGUUGACGAUGAUUUAGAGAGAUUACUAAAAACGUCCUGGAAUUCCACAUGGACGGCUGUAGACGCUCAAUUAAAUAGAACUGUUUCGUGCCAACAUUGUCGUUCAGAUCAUGAUCGUCAAAUAGGAUGUGGAGCAUUUGGCGUUGUUUGGAGAGUACACGAUCCGGUUACAGGUAGAAAGAUGGCUUUAAAGCGGAUGACACAUGUUCUAGAGCAUCGAGCACUGGCUGUUAGAGCAUUAAGAGAAAUCCGGCUCCUUCUAGAAUUGAAACAUGAUAAUAUUCUAGGAGCAAUUGAUGUUCUUAGGCCAGCACCUAAGUAUAUAUGUGUGCUAACCGAAUUAAUGCAUGGAGAUGCUUCAAAUAUUGUUGGACAUACACUAACUGACGCUCAACUUUGUACAUUAACCUAUCAAUUACUCCGAGCCGUUAAGUACCUACACUCGGCUGGGGUAAUUCAUAGGGAUUUGAAGCCGGCCAACCUUCUGCUUUCUCGAACUGGUCAUUUGAAAGUUGCAGAUCUUGGUUUAGCACGAAUAACGGAUGGCUCAAAUUCCAAUCAUCUGACACAAGAGGUCGUUACUAUAUAUUAUCGUGCACCAGAGGUUCUUAUGGGAUCCAGAAAUUAUGGACCAGCUAUCGACUUGUGGUCGGUAGGCUGUAUAAUAGCCGAGUUGGCUAUAGGACAUGUUCUCUUUCACGCUUCAACCGUUCCGGCUAUGCUAGAGAGUGUAGUAAGAGUCUUAGGUUUACCAACUGCUUCAGCUCUGGCUCAAGCGUGUCCGGAAGCCAGAGCCUAUGUACUUUCUCAACAGCCGACAACUUUACCGUCCUUUUCUUCACUUCCCGUUCCAGCUGAUAUUUUACAACUUCUUUCGCGCUUACUGGUAUGGCAGGCAUCAGACAGAGCUUCGGCUUCCGAAGCAUUGUCUAUGCGUAUGCUUGAGCGCGGACAGAAAAUAUACCAUGUCGCUCUGUGCGAAGAUUGUAGAUCAGGUUUAUGUACGCAAUGUCAAUUAGAUCCAGAACCCCUCGCUGCUGAGCCACUGUCUCGCUCUGCUGAUGAUGAAAAGUGGCUAAGCGUUGAACAUCUACAAGAGAAGUUGGACGAAGCUGUCGAGUCUGGGAGAGACAGUAGGAGACCACGAGUAGAUGUUGAUCCUCUUUCACAGCAUUUCGAAGCUUUCGUGCACGCUCACGUGCAGACGCCGGCCGUCGACGUUCAACAGGCGCACGAUUGGAGGCGAUUUCGCUAG